ACAACACAGGAAAACCCCAUCUGAAAACACACAAAAAUUAAAAAUUUAAAAAAAAAAAAGAUGAAUAAGAUUUAGUAAGUUCCUACCCAUUAAUAUUUAGAGUUUAGUAAAGGAAAUAAGACGUGCAACUAAAAGCUAAAAUAUAUAGAAUGAAAAACAUAGUGCCUUUAAAGAGUAUUAUUCUUUAUUAUUAUUUUUGAAAUUAUUUAUUGAUAUUUAUAGUAGGCAAGGAAAGAGUUAGUAAAAGGAAUAUUGAAGGAAAGAUAGGAUUUUAAGUCAUAGAAAUGCAGUUGACUUGGACUUAACGGUGAGAGGAAAAUCAUUAAUCAGAAAAGAGGAACCUUCCUUUGGAGAAGAGUGGAUUUUAUGGCUUAGCUAGAUUUUUUUUCUUUUUUUUUUUCUGUAAAGGGCCAGAUGCAAAAUAUUUUAGGCUUUAAGGACCACAGUCUCUGUUGAGGUCUUGAAGGUCACUGAAUUCUGUUGUGUAAUAUGAAGCCUUCAUUGACAGUAAGUAAAAAAAAAAAAAAAAAAAAGGAUAGGCCUGUGUACCAACAAACAUGAUUUAUAGACAAAGAAAUGUGAAUUUCAUAUAAUUUUCAUGUCACAAAUCUUCUUCUUCUUUUAAUUCCCCCCCCCCCCACUAUUUUUAAUUGUGAAAACCAUUCUUAGCUUGGAGUCCUUACAAAAACUGGGAGCAAGUCACAGUCUUCCAAUGCCAGAGUUAGAGUGUUCUCUCUAAUAAGUAACCCCUUUGUACAAUGUAACUUCCUCUUAGGCCAAUACUGAAAUCUCAGAACAGCAAUACAUUACAGAUUAUUGAAAAAGACAAUUAUUUAUCACUUAGAGUUCUACAUUCAAGUAACAAAUUCUUGUAAUUUGACAAAUCUUGAACAUGCUGCUUCAAUUUGCCUCAGUUUCUCUUUCUGUUUGGGGGAGGAUUAAAGUUCACAAAAGCUGAACUUCAAUGAAGUUAAUUUUCAGUUAAGGUAGGCUGAGGAGGCAUAGACAUGUAACAGAAAAGCCAAUCCAGAUAUAAUUUUUAUUUAUUUGGCUUUAGAAAGUGUUUUUCUACUUACAUGUAAGUAUGGAUGUGUCUGAUAUUCUGGGAAUUUACUUCAAACAAAGAAAUGAAGCCACGCAAUGACGAUCUGACUCAGUUGGAGUUGGGAAUCCAUCCAGUUUCCCCAUCUUGCCUCCUGUCUUGCUCUUCUCCAUGGUCUGUUUUUACGCUGUGUUUAGAUGCCUCAUCUUCUCAGAUCAAUCUAAACGCUCACCCACACAAAAUCACCUUUCCUGAAAUUAUCUUUGCAGAGCAGAGGGAGUCUUGUCAAUUUUUGUGUUUUUUGUUUAAAAGUCUUUUGGGAUAGAACUCUAACAAAGUGUGCUGUGCUUUCAAACAAGGCAGUAAUCGAGCAGCGUUAAGUGAUAAUAUUGAAUAACAUCAUGGAUAAACCACAAUGAGAGUUGCUGCAAUUGUCAUGGAAAUGUAGGCAUUUGUUUAGUCUUCAAUUUUUUUUUUUUUAAACAGAAAAGGCAACCUCUGUAUUCACUGCUUACCUGAGAUUUAUUGAUGAAUGAAAAGAUAGGUCCUUUGGGGUGUUCAAACUCUUCUGCAGAUAUUGUGUAACAAGCUGCAAAACAGGUCUUCCUCUCAGAAUGUGAAUACCUUAGUGACAGCUAAGUGUUUGGAACACGAAUUAUCUAUCUGUGGUAGGUGUCGUCGUUGUUGCUAUUAUCAUCCCCAUUUGACAGAUGAGAAAAUGGAGUAGCAGAAACGUUAAGCAGCUUCUCAGUGUCACACAGCUAGUAAGUGGUGGUGCCAACAUAAAAGUCCACUUCCUCAAGUGUGUAUGCUUUUAAAAACGGAAACAAAACUCUAACAGCCCUCAAACAGCAAGAACCUAGAAAAGUCCUCUUAAAUUUGCAGUGUUAACCAAGCCUGACGCAGUUCCCUAGAUCCCCUGGCUGCCACUGCUCUGUGGAGUAAGGGAAAAACUAAUUCCUCGUUAGCAUAACACUUCUGUUGAGCACUCCUGGACACAACUCCCCCAGGUUCUGAAGAGCUUCGGGUGGUUAUUUCUUUAGUUCCCUAUGGCUGCUUUUCACAUUUUCUGGCUCUUUCUCUUGAUUAUAGCAUUACAAACGUACCUCUUCCUUGAUCACUCACUUUUCUACCUCCUGGAGAUCACUGACCACGUGACCACCUCACCAUUUUAUUUAACCCAUUAGGACUUACUGCCAGGCAAAACCCAUACCACAGCGUGCAUUGCAUUCGCCAUCUCAGUCUCUGAUUCCUGGCAUUGAGGAAAGGAAGACUUUCCAACCCCAGUUUCUGCCAUCCAUGUUGAUUAGUCAGAGGGCUCAUCAGCUGUGAACUCCAGUUCUGUGGAACUGUGCAGCACAGGACAAAUAACCAUUAAAGGUUUGGUAAAUAAAAGAAUGAAUGGAUGCUUAACUACCUGUCAUUAGCCUGUCUCACUUUUCAUCAGCGUGCAAUCCCAAUCCUCAGCUGCUAAGAUGUAGACAAACAGUUCUGAUGAAAAGGAUUUAUUUGUCCUGUUCCAACAGAGUCUGAAAACUAGCAUGGGCAUUUCCAUAGGUCAUCUCUCAACAAUCCUGUUUGUAAAUAUCUGAGUCACUUACUGGCAUCGUUGAACGUAUUUCUGGCCCAGCAAAUCUUCUUCCUUUGUAUCCCUGAUCAAGUAAAAACUUGGUCAGGUUAUACUUGGGUGACCUUCACACUGUACCUCCUCCAGCGGUACAGAGGUGGUGAGGUAAUCGCUGCCACAGCUGACUGGCUAUGGCUUGCUUGAUAAGAUGCCAGGAGCUACCUAUGUAGAUCCCAGGGAGGAACUGUAGGAACAAACCAGUGUCAAUGGUUAACUCAGGUUCUUGGUGUCUGGAGCUUUUCUUUUCUUUAUUAUUAACUAAAGAGCAUUCUUACUAUUGCCCAGCUGAGAGCACCUAGCUCUUAGAUUCUCUGUGGGGACAGUGAAUAAAGGAGUAACUCAAGAUGAUUUUGAUGUUGCAGUUUUAAAUUUCACUUUGACUUGAGCUGGGAAAUCCAUUGGCCUGUCAUACCAUGGAUGCUAAAAAUGUUGAGAGCUGCAUGUUCUGCCUUGAUCUUUUCAAGACUGAAUUUGGAAGGAGAAAAAUUAUUUUGCCUAAGGACGUCUGUGAAAGUAUCAGGAAAACACUGACAAGCCAGAGAGAAGGGUUCAGUUGUAGUGUGUUCCCUUUAAGAGGGAAACGAGAUUAGCAACUUUGGCACAUUUUUGGGACUCUAUUCAGAAGGAAAGAGAAGAGCUGCCAGUGUCAAAAAAAAAAAAAAAAAAAAAAAGGAUGGAUGUUAUGAGACAAAGGCAGAGGCAAUUUUACACCUUUCUGAAAGCUUACCUGGGAGUAGUUUUAGCUCCACUGAGGUUAAGAAAGAUGCAUUUUUUUUUUUUCUUUUCUUUCAAGACUGAAGCUGGAGCUAGGGGGAAAUGGGUUUAAUGUGAAGUAGUGCCCCUGUCAGUUCUGUUUGUCCUGGGAAGUACACAAGGAAGAGAAGCCUCCGUGGAAGGGAGAGGAAGCGCCAGGUGCUGAAGGUUCUAACUGAAAACCCAAACCAAGAAAUAGCAACACAUCUAGAAUUCUUACUACUACAAAAUUCACCUGGAUCCCUAAGGGCACAGCAAAGAAUGAGCUAUUACGGCAGCAGCUAUCAUAUUGUCAAUGUGGAUGCAAAAUACCCAGGCUACCCACCAGAGCACAUUAUAGCUGAGAAGAGAAGAGCAAGAAGACGAUUGCUUCACAAAGAUGGCAGCUGUAAUGUCUACUUCAAGCACAUUUUUGGAGAAUGGGGAAGCUAUGUGGUUGACAUCUUCACCACUCUUGUGGACACUAAGUGGCGCCAUAUGUUUGUGAUAUUUUCUUUAUCUUAUAUUCUCUCAUGGUUGAUAUUUGGCUCUGUCUUUUGGCUCAUAGCCCUUCAUCAUGGCGAUCUAUUAAAUGAUCCAGGCAUCACACCUUGUGUUGACAACGUCCAUUCUUUCACAGGGGCCUUUUUGUUCUCCCUUGAGACCCAAACCACCAUAGGAUAUGGUUAUCGCUGUGUUACUGAAGAAUGCUCUGUGGCCGUGCUCAUGGUGAUCCUCCAGUCCAUCUUAAGUUGCAUCAUAAAUACCUUUAUCAUUGGAGCUGCCUUGGCCAAAAUGGCAACUGCUCGAAAGAGAGCCCAAACCAUUCGUUUCAGCUACUUUGCACUUAUAGGCAUGAGGGAUGGGAAGCUUUGCCUCAUGUGGCGCAUUGGUGAUUUUCGGCCAAACCACGUGGUAGAAGGAACAGUUAGAGCCCAACUUCUCCGCUACACAGAAGACAGUGAGGGGAGGAUGACAAUGGCAUUUAAAGACCUCAAAUUAGUCAAUGACCAAAUCAUCCUGGUCACCCCGGUAACUAUUGUCCAUGAAAUUGACCACGAGAGCCCUCUGUAUGCCCUUGACCGCAAAGCAGUAGCCAAAGAUAACUUUGAGAUUUUGGUGACAUUUAUCUAUACUGGUGAUUCCACGGGAACAUCCCACCAAUCUAGAAGCUCCUAUGUUCCCCGAGAAAUUCUCUGGGGCCAUAGGUUUAAUGAUGUCUUGGAAGUUAAGAGGAAGUAUUACAAAGUGAACUGCUUACAGUUUGAAGGAAGUGUGGAAGUAUAUGCCCCCUUUUGCAGUGCCAAGCAAUUGGACUGGAAAGACCAGCAGCUCCACAUAGAAAAGGCACCGCCAGUUCGAGGAUCCUGCACAUCAGACACCAAGGCGAGACGAAGGUCGUUUAGUGCCGUUGCCAUUGUCAGCAGCUGUGAAAAUCCUGAGGAAACCACCACUUCUGCCGCACAUGAGUAUAGGGAAACACCUUAUCAGAAAGCUCUCCUGACUUUAAACAGAAUCUCUGUGGAAUCCCAAAUGUAGUCCUAAAUUGUGAUUAUGAGGGCUACCACUAAAUCAUUUUAUCUUCCAGCCAAUCACCGUAGGCAAGUCGUUGUAAACAUGGCCUUUUUGAAAGUGUUAUAGCUAUGUUUUGUGAUGAUGCUGGGUAAGUAGAGUAAGUUAAACUUGGUAAAAGAUAAUCUAAAAAUUCCAUAGUUCUCGAUUAUUAAAAUUUUUCUUGUUAGCCAAUUUUGUAUUAAGAAUGCUAUUAAGAAGCCUAAUUGAUUGAAAUGUAUCUUUUUUAUUAUCUUAUAUACUUGUAUCUUCAGUUGGAGGUGUAGUAUUCAAAUAUGGGGAUAUGAAGGCAGGAAGGAGGCUAGAAUAAAUAAAAAUGAAAAGACAAGUAAGACAGCAUAAGUAAUACAUUUUUAAAUAUGUCAACAUUGAUAAUACAAUGAAGGUUUGCUAUAAAAAGUAUGAUAUCUAACCAAGAUAGGCAAAAGAUGCAUUCAGUAAGCUGUAAUGUUGAGAAAUGUAACUGUGAAAUCAGCUCACCAGUUCAAGUCACUUGGUUUGCCACUUGGAUGGUCUUCGUUUCAGCGAGCAUAGCUAGUGGCUGUAAGAAAUUGUCCAUGCCACCAAUUCCACUGCCACUUGCCCAGGUAGUGAUCAAUGAGAGCUAGAAGCGAUUUUUUCUCUAACCGAUGAGGCAGAAGAAAAGUUAACAGUAUUUAGAGCAGCAUUUCUCUCUUAAAGUCUCUGGUUGACUCCAACAAAUGGAGACCAGAAAUAAGGCAACCAUAACUUUGCUAGGUUCUCUGAGAAGGGGAGGUUCUAUGUUCAUGUCCCACCUUCUUCCAGGACGUGACCAAAGGACAGGAUCAUAUAGAUGAGGUGAGGGGAUGGUUAGCAGCGAGAAACAUUCUCAGACCCUUGGAGAGAAACUGUUGCUAGCUUGCUAGUGCCGAAAGAUUGCAACUUUGGCUGCUACAUAAAGGAUAGAACUUUUUUGGGGGGAGGGUGGGGAGGCAGAUACUUAUUUGUGCCCAGAAGCAGUUAUGUAUGCUUCUAAUCUUGGUUACUGUACAAGACACAAAUGACUCAAGUUGUGGAUUGCAAGAAACUGUUCUAUUGAACUUGGAACAACCAUUUAAAUGAAGGAUUUUGUGAGAUAGAAUUCAAUUAAAGUGAUUUUAAUGCACAGUAAGUGGAUAAUCUGAGUACAAUGAAAUUUCUUAAAUUUUAUAACAUGAGAUAAAGUUGUAUACUCUACUUUCAUGUUAAAAGAUGUUAGUCAUGAUUACUUUAAGCCCACACCCACUGGCCUAUGAGUAAAGAGUCACUUUAAACUUUAUAAAUCAAACAAAUAUUAGGUACAUUCAGAAUUCUUUGUGUUUUGUGUCUGUUUUACAUUGUUGCUGCACUGGCAGUAAGUAUGUGGCACAGUUUUUAUUAUUUAUUUCAUUUAAAUACACACACACAGACACACACACCCAGUUUUUGCUUUUUCUGGAAAAUCUUUCUUUCUUUCUCUCUCAAUUUAAAUUAAAACACACAAGUGAAUGAACCAAAUUACAUAGUCCAAGAUUAUAAAUAAAAGUAAAAUAUAUAGGUAUAGGUAGAUAGAGUGCCUUUCUGUUUCUUUUCUGUUUUUUUUUUCUUUUUUUGUUUUUCUUUUCUUUCUUCCCUUCUCCCCCAUCCUUCCCUUUCUCCUUCCUUUUCCCUCAUGUUGUUUUUUUUUUUUUUUUGGCCUGGGAGUAAUAAAGUUACUUUUUAAAUUCACAUGUGCAGUCUUUUAUUCCUGUUGUUUUAUGGAUAAGAGAUUUGUUCAGGUCAAAAGUUGUAAAACUGUUCUGAAGCUUAAUAUUAGAGACCCAAGUAAGAUGAUUUUUAGUCCUGCUUGAGGAAUGCACACUCCAUUUAAAAAUUUAUGCACACCGUAGAUUUGGAUUGUACAGCAGCAAUUACUUGGCUAAAUUAGAGUACUGCAAUCUUGUAAGUAGAAAACAGUCACCAUGACAAUAGACAAAAACACUUAAAAAUUUUUUAACUUGUUUUACCUUUGACCUACAUCUAGUUUCAUGUCACCUUGCUUUGCUUUGUUGAGUCCGCUACUGCUAAUGUUUGCCUUGUCAAUAUCAGAAUGGGGCAUCAAUGUCCCGUGAAAUACAUUUUGUUGUGCUCUGAGCCUCUAUAAUCAAAUGCUUGUACUCAGAAGAGAAUGUAAAAUCAGCAUUUCUAUGUGAUAUUUAUCUCUAAUUAUCUGUGUAAUUUUAUAACAUACUUGACAACCCCAGUGAAUUACUUAAUAAUAAAGAUCUUAA